ACCAUCAAAGGAAACUUUCCUCAAGAAUUGCCUUAAUUUCACAAAUAAUUGCUUUUAAAAGCAAUUAAUAUGAUAAAUUUUUAGUUAAUUCCAUUUUUGUGAUAGCAAUUGUGAGGAAUGUGAUUGAUACAUCUCUUUUAGUCGCCCGACAAAUGUUAAAUAUAAGUGAACUUGGUAAAGCGGCUGGAGUCCACUAUCAUAAAGAGAGAGAAGAAAAACGCAACAGAAAAAUAAACCAAAAAUUACAGGAAGUUACAAAAAUAGAUAAGUCCAGCAAACAAGUGAUUGACCAGAAAACAUACAAACAAUAUAUUUUCGCUAAUAACCUUUCCACAUUUUAACAUAGCACACAGCACUUUUAAUAACCAACUUGUUGAAUUGCUUAAGCACAAUGAGUAUACCAGCAUUGGGUAAAAUGGAACAAACCAUUUGUAUGCUUGAACGUGGCACAAUUAUCACCAAAUUGUAUUCCAAGCAUCGUCCGGAACAACGGCGGCUGAUGUUAGUACGCGAAACGAGGCAGCUACUAUGGUUUUCGGUUAUGUCAGAUAAGCGUUCUGACUACGAGGGCUCACUUGAACUACGUGAAAUUCGUGAGAUACGUGUCGGUAAAUGCUCAAAAGAGUUCCGCAAUUGUGUUGAAGAUUCAAAACGUUUUGAGCCGGCAAAAUGCUUUGUAGUGUUGUAUGGCAGCUCAUUCAAACUAAAGACGUUCUCAGUAGUGGCACUUUCCGAACAAGAAGCAGAUAAUUGGGUAUGCGGUCUUCGUUACAUGGUGCAGGACACCGUAAACGCACCAUAUCCAUUACAAGUUGAACGUUGGUUACGACGCGAAUAUUAUGCUAUUGAAAAUUCAAGCGUACAAUCAUCCAAAGAUGGUGGUCAGGUGACAGUAAAAGACUUUAAAUGCUUUUUGGCAAGUAUUAGUUGCAAAAUGACCACCAGUAAACUAAUGGAAUGUUUUGCUGAAGAUGAUGUAAGACCUAAAAAUGAUUUACGCUUCGAUGAUUUCUCACGUUUGUAUAGAAAAUUACUGCUGCCAAAUAAUUUUCUUGAAGAAAUGUUUUAUAGUACACCAGGCACGUUUCCCUAUUCAAAAGAUAGUAAAACAGUCACUUUGCGUGAGUUUCAAAAUUUUCUAAUGCAAGAGCAACAUGAAAAUAUGGCGCGAGAUGAUACAUCGGUCCGUUCCCACGACAAUCGGAUCGACGUAAGCGGAACGGACCCGGAUAGUCAACAACAACAUGAUGCGUCGGUUUCAAAGUUUAUACGUGACUUUUUGCAGGAUGUAGAACGUGAUGUGAAAGAACCUUACUUUACAAUUAGCGAAUUUCUUGAUUACCUCUUUUCGAAACAAAACGAUCUCUGGGAUCGCAACUGUGAUCGCAUUUACAUGGACAUGAAACAACCGAUUUCUGCAUACUGGAUUGCAUCCUCACACAACACCUAUCUCACUGGCGAUCAAUUUUCCAGUGAGUCGUCAUGUGAAGCGUACGCACGCGCAUUACGUAUGGGCUGUCGGUGUAUUGAGCUUGACUGCUGGAAUGGCGCUGACAAUUUACCUUAUAUUUUCCAUGGACACACUAUGACAUCAAAAAUAAAAUUUAAAGAUGUUAUUAAGACAAUAAAGGAGCAUGCAUUUGUAACUUCCGAAUAUCCAGUGAUUUUAUCUAUCGAACAGAACUGUUCCCUAGAGCAGCAGCGUAAUAUGGCACAAGCACUUACUGAGGUUUUUGGUGACAUGCUGCUGACCCAACGUUGUGACCGCGCUGAAUCGCAACUGCCUUCACCGCACCAACUGCGUCGCAAAAUCAUACUUAAGCACAAAAAACUGCCAGAAUAUGAGGAUGGCUGUGCUGGUGGUCCGGGCAUAGUCGGUGGCGGCUCUGGCAUGUUAACAACCAGUGGUAGCAGAUCAUCAAUUAGUGGCGCUAACGGUGAUGAAAACGAAAAUAUGCGAAAUUUUCUUAAAGAGGGAAUGCUAUACUUUAAAGAUCCUGUUGACAAAGCCUGGAAUCUAUAUCAUUUCGUAUUAACACAACAGCAAUUAAUCUACUCGUCACACACGGACGGAAACAACGCUGCCGGCGCAGAUGACGAUGAUAAUGUGGCGACGCAAAAUGCAACUUUAGCGUUAAUGCCCAAAUCAAAAGAUAAUUUUGCGAAUGAAGAAUUGCACUUUGGUGAAAACUGGUUCCAUGGAAAAUUAGAAGGUGGCCGCCAGGAAGCCGAUCAACUACUAGAAUCGUACAAGCAUUUGGGCGAUGGCACAUUUUUGGUGCGGGAAUCGGACACAUUCGUUGGUGAUUACAGUUUGUCCUUCUGGCGUCGUAAUCGUCCAAAUCACUGUCGCAUUAAGUUGAAACGUGAAAAUGGAAAAAAGAAAUAUUAUUUAGUCGAUAAUUUCGUUUUCGAUUCACUUUAUGCACUAAUUGUGUACUAUCGCAAAAAUAUGCUGCGCAGCUCCGAGUUCUCAAUUACCUUAAGAGAGCCUGUGCCUCAACCGAAAAAGCAUGAAACACAAGAAUGGUUUCACCCGAACACAACCAAAGAGCAGGCAGAGCAAGUGCUCAUCAAACUGGAUGUGGGCUCAUUUUUAGUACGCCCAUCAGUACAAAGCACCAACGCAUUUGUCAUAUCAUUUACAAUAAAUCGCAAAAUUAAGCAUUGUCGCAUCAUGCAAGAGGGUCGCCUUUACGUCGUGGAUACCAUACAAUUCGAAUCGCUUGUAUCGCUAGUCAAUUAUUACAUGCGGAAUCCGUUAUAUCGUAAUGUUAAACUAAUGUAUCCGGUGUCACAAGAAUUAUUACGUCAGAAACUACUCGCCUGUCAAACAUCGCUGGAGCAUCAUCAUAAUGGUGGCGAUAUCAAUGAUGCCUCGAGCUAUAUGGAUCCCAGUCUGGAUGAUCGUGUUACAUGCAAAGCGCUCUACAGCUACAAAGCUAAUAAAUCAGAUGAACUUUCAUUUCCAAAACAUGCCAUCAUUACGAAUGUGCAGCGUAAUACGUCAAUGUGGUGGCGCGGUGAUUAUGGUGGCAUGGUGCAACGUCACUUUCCGGCAAACUAUGUGAAGGUAAUUGACUCUGCUAGCGAUGACUACAAUUCCUUUAGCGACGAAAAUAACUGUGAAAAUAUUUCACGUACCGAUUCGAUUGACAUACACGGCGCCAUUGUACACCUGUCCGAGUCUAGCGAACCGGGUAUAUUAUUUCAAUUGCAAAUUCAGACACCAACAAUGCAAAACUCCUUCAUCAUCGGUUUUGAUAACCAAGAAUUGGCUUACGAAUGGAUCAAAGCCAUACAAGAGGGUGCACUAAUCGCCAACCAGUUGGCCACCGAACGACGCAAAAAGGAACGUUCCGCACGUGUGGCCAAAGAAAUGUCCGAUUUAAUUAUUUACUUCCGCAGUGUGCCAUUCCGUGAACAUUCAUGGGUAUUCUACGAGAUGUCGAGUUUCCCUGAAACCAAAGCAGAAAAGCAAUUUCUACAACAGAACACUAUGCUCUUCCUACAAUAUCAUCGCAAUCAAAUCAGUCGUGUCUAUCCGAAGGGACAACGUUUGGAUUCAUCUAAUUUUAAUCCGGUACCCUUUUGGAAUGUCGGUUCACAAAUGAUUGCACUCAACUAUCAGACUGGCGACAAAGCCAUGCAGCUGAAUCAAGCUAAAUUCCGCGAUAACGGUAAUUGCGGUUAUCUGCUUAAGCCGAAAUUUAUGCAAAGCGACAGUUUCGAACCGAAUAAUAUGCUGGCGAUUGGCUCACACGAAGAGCGCUUUGUAACAAUACGUAUUAUAGCGGGGCGUCAUCUGUUUCGUGGCGGCAAAUCCAAUAAUCCGCUAGUCACUGUUGAAAUAUGUGGCGCCAGUUUUGACACGGGCAUUAAGCAUCGCACGAAGGUGAGUGAGAACGGUUUUAAUCCGUUCUGGAAUGAAAGCUGUAGCUUCACCGUGCGUAAUCCGGAUUUUGCGCUGCUGCGUUUUGAGGUGCAGGACGAAGAUAUGUUUGCCGAGACGCAUUUCAUAGCGCAAGCAUGCUAUCCGCUGAAUUGCAUACGCACGGGCUAUCGUAGUAUCACGCUGCGCAAUAAAUUCAGCGAGGAGCUGGAGUUGGCCUCGCUGCUGGUGCAUGUGGACAUUACCCAUGCCAGCACAAACGCCGCUAAUGAGCACACAGUGGUUGUGGACUUCUGAAAUGCUUGCUUUUAUAGAAAAUAUUUACUUACAUUCUACUUACAUAUGUGUGUAUGUGUUUGUUUUGUAGAUGUUUGUUAACAAGUGCCCUUAAUUUACCCAACGAACAAAUGCUACAUAUCUAUUUUUACACAAAUGAACAAAUUUAAUGUUUUAUAAGAAUUACUGAUAAAUUUAAUUUAAUUUCCUAAAGAAAAAAUGCUUAAUUGCACUCAAAAGGGAGAUUCAUUUUAAUAAUUGAAAACGUCAAACAAAUUUCUUUUUCUCCACAUUAAAUGUAUUUAUGUCUAAACUAUUUCUUUUAGUAUAGUUAAAGCACUGAAAAUUUCUUCCAUUAACUAAUUAUUGCAACUCAUAUAAAGACUUAACAUUUUACUAUGUAUCUACAUUCUAAGCAAAAUGUACUUUUUUAAACGUACGCAGCUCUAUAUUUCUAUGUAAUCCAGUUUAUUUACGUGUGCGUAUUAUUUACACGUGUUUUAGACAAAUAUACAAAAAUAAAUAUAUGUAUAUAUGUGCAUGUAUAAUAAUAUUAAAUUUGUGUUUUUGUUACUUUCGAAAAACUUUUCACACAAAUGUUUUAAAGUUAUAACCUCAAAAAAAUAUUUUUUUCAAUAAUACGAAAAAAAUGCAGAAAAAAAUGUGUGUUUAUGUAUGAAUAUAAUUAUUUUAAAUUU